GUAUAUUAUUCCUGUGGUGCAGUGGUGGAAUCGAUGGAAAGAGGCCUGAUUUUAUCACCAGGUUUUCCAAACAACUACUACCCAGGGACACACUGUGUUUGGCAAUUUUUCAUUCCCGUGAGAACCCAUCUUAUCUUGGAAAUUUUUGACUUUGACAUUUUUGAGAGCUCUAGUGAAACUCCAACCCCCUGGGAUGGCUUUUCAGCCCCUGCUAAAACAGGAAAUAAGGACAUGCCUUCUCUUGAGGAAAACCUGGACUUUGCUCUCCGUACUACAAAACCCUCUCUCCAGACCUGGAUGUCAAAGGUGGCUCAGAAUCUGAGCAGCACAGGAGAUCAGUCGAAGGACCUUGCUAGUCACCUGGAUGAACUUCCAGGAGCCGCCUCAAAAAAAGAUGAAGCCAAACAAGCAUCUGAAGAAAACCAGUCGAAGCAGAUGAAAGAACCCAAAGCAAUUAUCAAGGCUCAACCAGAAGAACUGUCAUUCCCUGUGGCUGGUAGUGCCACAAUGCAGAGGCAAAAUACCAGUGGCCUGGAAACAGAAGAAGAUUUGAAAGGGAAAAUUUUGCUUGCCCACCUAGCUGCUAGUGAGAGAGAUGAAGUUACGAUAGAGAGCUGGACUCCUCCCACAACAGUAUUGCCCGUGGAAAUCUCCUCCAGCCCACAGUCAGCAGUGGACGUCUGUCCCCAUGACGUAUUAUAUGUCUCCGAUCUCAUCACGUUUUCCUCUCGCUUCUGUGGACCAAAUUCACCUUUAAACAAGACCAUGGUCUUUGGUUCACCUCUGGAAAUGGUUGAGGUUAUCAUGGAACUGAUCACCACCACAGACCGGGGCCGAGGCUUUGCAAUGCUCUUCGAAUACAAGAACAUCACCGACCCCAACACUGUAGAAGCUGUGAGGCAGGAGAGAAAGGAAAACAUGAUGAUGCUGGCAAUUAUAACAGGGAUCGUCUUCUUUGCGCUUGCUUUGCUCUCUGCCCUCUGCAUAGCUUGCAGGCAGAGAACGUGCCCCAAAAGGAGCUCAUCCAACGCAUGCAGUGACCAGGAGAACGGGAUCCAGAACUCUGCCGUCGAUAUCAAUGAGCUCCAGCUGGUGGUGCCAAGUCGGGAGAAUGAAAACAACAACCACUCUGUCAGCCGGGAGCAGGCGGUCACUUCCUGCGGAGGCAGCACGGAACGGUCUCCUCAGGACACUGACCCAGAUGUGCCCUCCUCCACAUCCGCAGUGACCACCGAGACUGGGAGCGAUGAAGUGUUUAUUAUUUCUGCUGGACCUGGCGCCAGCGGGCUGAGCUUUGCCACUUACAGAAUACAGCUCUUGCCCCUGUACUCCGGGUCAAUUAUUUGUUUAGAAACAGAUGAGAGCUCAGAAGUCUCGGGCCUGGCUGCCACCUCUUCAACCUUGAGCGUAGUGCCUGCAGAGCACAUCCCUUUCAACUCUCUGGACAAAAACCUCAAAAGAAGUGUCACAAGCCCAGCCUCUGUGUCUGACUGGCUGACUUCUAAUCACGCGGCUGCAGGAGCGGACGCUGUUGAGAAGGGGAACGGCCAGCUGGAAAAUCCCUGUCCCAGACAACGCACGUGGAGUGCCCGCACUUUCCACGACUUCCUGGCCCCGAUACCACAGCUACAGAAAAAAUGGUGUAGCUGGACCACCAACAGUCCCUUCACAAAGCUGGUUGACAACAGUGGUUUUCCUACAGCUGCAAGAUCCCAAGGUGUCCCAACCAGAAAGGUAAUCUCAGCCACUGAGAUAGAGGGAGCAUCAGGGACAGUUUACUCUGAUUCAUCUGUCAGUAAUGCCUCAUACCCCCUCACUCUGUCUGCACAAAGGCAGCGGAAGCUAAGCUCCUGCAAUUUGAAGAAAUCCAGGUUUGGGAACCCUUAUUUUGGAUUUUUAGCCAGUUCCCCUGACAGCAAACAUGUGAGGUCCUUGGAUCCCUCAAGACAUCUAGGGACAGCAUCUCCAGUUAACAGCCAAAGCCCCAAAAAUCUUCUAGAGAGCUCCAACCCACUGAAAAUCAACUUGGUCAAUGGUUCAAAAACAAAGGAGCUUAUGGUAGAAACAGAUAAAAACAAACCGGUUUUUGUUAUUUCUGAAGAAGGGGAUGAUCAGCAGCCUCUGGUCCUAGCAGAACAUCUUAGUCAAUGUGGAGAUCAUCUGUCGGAGCAAAAUGCUGUGUAUGCUCCAGCUGUGCCAGAUAAACAGCCGCUGGUUCUGACUGCUGAGGGGCACAGUUCUGCCAGCUUCACGUCAAACCUUCCCCUGUGGGCAAAAUCCCCCGGUUUAUACAAAGGUCACGUGAAGGCCCCUAGCUCUUCCAGGGACCAGCAGAGCUUGUCAGUUGUAGAUGCUAACACUACUGAGACCUCACAGAACUGUGAUACCCUAGCUGCUCCUACGCUAUGCCAAGCUUCAGUCCAGUGA